AUGCAGUUUUGGGACAUGCCGGGAUUACCGUCACUGCGGUCUCGCAGGAUACCUUAUUACCGAGGCGCCGACUGUUGCGUAUUAGUUUACGACGUCACGUCAUUGGAAUCGUUCGAGUCUUUGGACGGUUGGCGAAACGAAUUUCUUGCCGAAAUCUCAAUAAGAGACGAACACUACUAUCCGUUUGUUGUUAUCGGAAACAAAAUUGACCUGGACAACAGAACGGUAAAGUCAUCGUGUCAUCACCGUCGUACUAUAGUCUAUAAUAUUGUAUUAGAAACUAUUUAUCGGAUGAUAUAAUAAAAUGUACCAAGAAAAACUAUUUUAAAAAUCAAUGUUAUCGAUGAUUAUUAUGACAUGCGAAGUGAAAUUAAUAAGUGUGCUUGUCGAUAAUGCCUAUAUACAAUAAUAUUAAUAUGUUUUAGGAAAUGAAUACCGUAUAUAGUGCAAAGUUCAAAAAAAAAAAAACAUUAAAUUAGGUUAAUCUUUAGAACCAAACGUUUGUAGGAGUUCAGUGGAAAAUGGAAACAAUAUAAUGAUACAUAUAAAUUAAACAUUUAUAAUUAGAUAUUUACAAAAAAUAUAAUUUUACACUUUUAACUAUGCACAAUGUACUAAUACUAUUGAUUGAAUUAAGUUCCUGUUAAAAUGGAAAAAUCAGUCAAAGAGAAAUUGCCCUGCCAAUGUAUACAAUGUCCUAUACAAUUGGUUAAAGUCAACAUUUUCUCAAUUGUCCAGGCAUAGUGUACAAUUGCCCAUUUUUCGUUAACCAAAAUAGAUAAAAUUAUUAUAUUAUUACUCUUGACACUAUUAACACUACACUAUCUAUAUUAAAAAAUGUUUAAUGUCAAUUAUAUGUAUAGUAGUUAAUAUAGUAGGUAUAUACCUACUACAGAAAAUUGUAUUUUUUAUUUUUAUUUCAUUUUACAAAACGGGCACAGAAGUACAGAAAAACUAACAUGCUUAAUGUAAUAAUUACAAAAGCAAAUUAACAGUACUACACGAAUAUAAUAUUAAUUAAAUAGAAAACGUCUAAUACCUAUUAUAAAAUAUUGAUCUGUUGAUAAUGUCAUCUAAAUAUGAAUAAAGAGUUCAUAAAUAUGUUAUUUCUAACUUUUAAAAUUAUUUUAUUUAAAUAUUAGUUCAUGUUAGUUUCAAUCAUUAAAAAUAUCGAAAGUAUUCAAACGCUUCUACAGUACUUAUAGUUAGCAAAUAAUUAUCGAAAAUUAACAAUUUUUUGUGUAGGUAUACAAGUAUUUCGUUUUCCUAAAUGUUAAAAUAAACUGCAAAGUGCCAUGAUCAAACAAUCUAGGAGACUAAUUAAUAUUCUAAUUUUUAAAAAAACUUGUUCUUGAACGACGAUUUUUAAAUUUCCACGAAUUUAUAAAUACAUAAAUCUAAUGGAUUUCUAUAAUUUGUAUAGCUCUAUAUUAAUUAAAUUCAACUUUUCUAGACGAAUGCGGGUAAACAAGUUCUUAAUAUUUUUCGUUGAUAAAAAAUGUACAAUAUUUGAAAUAACGGUAUCUAUAUUAUAAAUAUAGGUAGGGAGGGAGGUUAAAUAAAACGGGGGGUAAUAAAAAUGUAAAAUGUAUAGACACGAUUACGUAAUAAAACCAUGUAUAUAUAUAGUUCAUCUUAGAAUUUUAAUUAGACACUGCUGAUUCCAUUUUUCUAACCUGAUGGUUUAAAUUUUUAUAUGUGAUUACAUAACCAAUUAUUUAAAUACCAUAUCAGAUAACUCGUUAUAAUAAUAUAGACACACCAGUACUUCCCAAACUGUAGAUCUGGCUUCCCGAGAGGCCGUACAAAUCGGACGAGUCUUGAAUAUUAAUACAACAUAAAUCCAUCUAUAAGGAGUCAAUAAGAGAAUUAUUAAAAACUGUUUAGAAAACGAUAGAAUUCAUUACAAUUAACAUAAUCUUUAAAAUAAAGAUGUUAUAUAAAAGGCUUCCGGAAGUUACACAUAUUACAUUAAAAUAUACCUACAUCUGCUGAUAAAUUAAAAACUAAAUAAUUCAAAUCAUAUUAGCUGACCUAACCCUCUAAGCGUACUUUCUUACAAAUAUUUUGAUUAUUUACUAGUUCAAAACUGGCAAUAAUAAUAUUAUAAUGAUAUAAACAACGAUGGCUCACUUAAUUGAUUAAUAAUAGCUAAUGAAUAUGAUAAACGUGUGGUAGGUACUAAUAUUAUAAUAGCUGCACCACCAUAUCGAAAAGUAAUUUUUGUCAAAUACCUAACAUUAAAGUGAUUAAAAUUGGCUUUAUAUAAUAAUAUACAAAGUAAUAACCACAGUAAAAUAAUACCUAUACCAAAUACCUACUAAGCAAUAAUGUACAGCAAUUUAAAACAACAAUUUUAAAUGUAAUAUCAUAUCAAUAUAUUACCAAUAUAUACAAUACAAUAUGAAAACUAUUUGACCCAAAUAAUUUUCAUAUUAAACUCUGAAUUAUAAAAAAUAGCGUGUAAAGAUCCAGGGAGAUAACAACAAAAUAGUGUUUGGUCGCAAUGGUCGCAAAUGGCAACCAAAUUAGGUGGGUUUAUGUUACUGUUAGGACAUAAAUGGUGGUGUUAACGUUAAAAUUAUAGUUUAGAUGCACAGAUUUAAGCAGAAUAAUAUAUUAAAAUUUAAAGAGAAUAAUAUAUUCAAUGAUAAUGGGUUACUGAUAAUACGUUAUUUUUAUAAAAUAUUUUCUAACAAAAAAGUUAAGACCGUAUCUAAGUUUUGAAAAUACACAAAAAAAAUGCGUGAUAGGCUAGAGUAUCAAUAAAAAAAAAAUUAAAUUGCCUAUAACAAAAAUAAAGAUGUUAGACCCCCCCCCCCUUUAAAAGAGGUUUAUCCCCAUCAUUUUUGGUAUACUUUAAAAUGAUGUCAGCCAAUCACUUCCCCUUGAAACACAUUGUAUAAUAUUUUUCUAUGUUACCGGCCGUUAUAAUUAGUCUGAAACAAUAAAUUCGGAUAUAGUCUCCUAUAAAUCAAUCAAUAAUAAUAAAUGUAAAAAUAUAUAUUUUGUAUGAAAAAAUAAAUAUGUAGUUUAAACAUUUCCAACUUUAUCAAUUUAUUAUUAUGUAAUUAUUUUAUUUAUAAUAUAUUGUGUACAGGUUGACCAAGAACGACCAAGGCUAUGGAUCAGAGAUACGAAUGUGAUGCCGUAUUCGUACUUUGAGACGUCAGCAAAAUAUUCAAUAAACGUAAAAAAAGCUUUUCAGAAAAUAGUAAAUAAUGCAUUGAAUUAUAAUAAACAAAAGAUUUUAGACGAUAUUGAAGUUUUGAAUGAACACAAAUCACAGUUACGUUGUUGCAGUCCUUUUUCUUGUAUGCAUAGUAUUUUUUGA